AUGGAGUUUCUGAGUGAGAAGUUUGCCCUCAAGAGCCCGCCAAGCAAGAACAGCGACUUCUACAUGGGCACGGGAGGCGCCUUGGAGCACGUUAUGGAGACGCUGGACAAUGAGUCCUUUUACGGCAAAGCCCCGGCUGGCAAAUGCGUGCAGGCCUUCGGGCCGCUGCCGCGGGCCGAGCAUCACGUGCGCCUAGACAGGACCUCGCCCUGUCAGGACGGCAGCGUGAACUAUGGAAUCACCAAAGUGGAAGGACAGCCCCUUCACACCGAGCUCAACCGAGCAAUGGACAGCUGCAACAAUCUCAGGAUGUCUCCUGUGAAAGGGAUGCCAGAGAAGGGUGAACUGGACGAACUUGGGGACAAAUGUGACAGCAAUGUGUCCAGCAGCAAAAAAAGGAGACACAGAACAACGUUCACCAGUUUGCAGCUGGAGGAACUAGAAAAGGUCUUCCAAAAAACCCAUUACCCGGAUGUAUAUGUCAGAGAGCAGCUUGCACUGAGAACAGAGCUCACUGAGGCCAGGGUCCAGGUUUGGUUUCAAAAUCGAAGGGCCAAGUGGAGGAAAAGAGAACGAUAUGGCCAAAUACAGCAAGCUAAAACCCAUUUUGCUGCUGCCUAUGACAUCUCAGUUUUACCAAGGACUGACAGCUACCCACAGAUCCAGAACAAUUUGUGGGCAGGAAAUACAAGUGGUGGUUCUGUGGUUACUUCGUGCAUGCUACCACGUGAUGCGUCCUCCUGCAUGACACCUUAUUCUCACUCGCCUCGGACAGACUCCGGUUACGCGGGGUUUUCAAACCACCAGAAUCAGUUCAGCCAUGUGCCCCUCAACAAUUUUUUCACUGACUCUCUUCUCACUGGGGCUACCAACGGACAUGCCUUUGAAACAAAGCCAGAGUUUGAAAGGAGGUCUUCCAGUAUCGCCGUUCUGAGAAUGAAAGCCAAGGAGCACACCGCCAAUAUUUCAUGGGCCAUGUAACAUACAGUCCUCUUUUAUUUUUCUUUUCAUAGCAAAGUAAAACAUUCUUAUUUCUCAUAUUUAAAGGAUACCACAAUAAGCUGCUGUGUGUGGAAGGGCUAAAGGUCAAGAUAUACAGCGAGACCAGCUUACAUGAAUAGUUGUUAUUAUUUAACGUUAAAAAUCUAAGAAUGGACCCCUGAAAGGACUAAAUAGGUUUACCAUGCACCAGC